UUCGCCCUUUUCCCUGGCGGAGCCGCGGCGGAGCGGCGGCUGGCCUCGUUGCUCCCCAAGGAUCCGCUGCCAUCCUCGUCGCCGCGGCCACCCCCGCGCUCCCCGCCACCAUGACCGAGCAGAUGACCCUCCGUGGCACCCUCAAGGGCCACAAUGGCUGGGUGACGCAGAUCGCCACCACCCCGCAGUUCCCCGACAUGAUCCUGUCGGCGUCUCGAGAUAAGACCAUCAUCAUGUGGAAGCUGACCCGGGACGAGACCAACUACGGCAUCCCGCAGCGGGCUCUGCGGGGCCACUCGCACUUCGUGAGUGACGUGGUCAUCUCCUCCGACGGCCAGUUUGCCCUCUCGGGCUCCUGGGACGGAACCCUGCGCCUGUGGGAUCUCACAACGGGCACCACUACUCGCCGCUUUGUGGGCCACACCAAGGACGUGCUGAGCGUGGCCUUCUCCUCUGACAACCGGCAGAUUGUCUCUGGCUCCAGAGAUAAGACCAUCAAGCUCUGGAACACGUUGGGGGUGUGCAAGUACACUGUGCAGGACGAGAGCCACUCUGAGUGGGUGUCAUGUGUCCGCUUCUCACCUAAUAGCAGCAACCCCAUCAUCGUCUCCUGUGGCUGGGACAAGCUGGUCAAGGUGUGGAACCUGGCGAACUGCAAGCUGAAGACUAAUCACAUUGGCCACACAGGCUAUUUGAACACUGUCACCGUCUCCCCAGAUGGGUCCCUCUGUGCUUCUGGAGGCAAGGAUGGCCAGGCGAUGCUCUGGGACCUCAACGAGGGCAAGCACUUGUAUACGCUUGAUGGAGGUGACAUCAUCAAUGCUCUGUGUUUCAGUCCCAACCGCUAUUGGCUCUGUGCUGCCACCGGGCCCAGCAUAAAGAUCUGGGACCUGGAGGGCAAGAUCAUUGUGGAUGAGCUGAAACAGGAAGUGAUCAGCACCAGCAGCAAGGCAGAACCUCCACAGUGCACCUCUCUGGCAUGGUCUGCUGAUGGCCAGACACUGUUUGCCGGCUACACAGACAACCUGGUGCGAGUGUGGCAAGUGACCAUUGGCACACGUUAGACGGAGAACAAAUCAGAAA